AUUUCCCCGAGUUAUAACCAGUUAUAUUCCACUAUCACUCAUUAUACUAUCGACAUCGACAUAAAGAAGGAGCAUUUUAACACCGGCGGCACGGCUUAUAAUAGGUGCAUGGUAAUGGGCAAACUACAAGAAAUUGAGAGAAGAGAUUUACCGAAACUGAGAGAUGAGUUAGAAUGUUAUCUCCCCGAUUCUGCUACGAUAUACGGAAUACUUGAAAUCUUGCUCAAUUACGGAACGCUCAAGAACUGGGAAACACGUGUAUUUACGACAAAGGGAAAAUCAUCGACCCUUGUAGUGACAACACCUAUGUGUACCAUGCUGGAGUACCAAAGCCUCUCCGUGUUUUGGGACUGCAAUAUGGACGAGGACCUGGAGGUAACUGCAGCACUUUCGACCUUACCUGGUUUUAAUUGGGACAAACCUAUAUUCCUUUACGCUUGUCCAAUGCACCUUCACGAAAAGCUGAGCCUCAUGAUCGGAAACAGAGAGCUUGGAACGGGGAAGCUACACCCUGAGCGUCUUAUGAGAGCACACCUGUACACUGUAACCGCUGAGACUUUAUCAACACCCAGGGUGCCCAAAGGCUUCGAGAUCCGGCGCACAGACCCGCGGUUCGCCGAGCAUAUGCACACCCACUGGAGGUACAAAGAUUUUGAGUCGUUCGAGGCCUACGAACAGCUAAUCCACAUUCUUCCGGGUUACGCCAUUUUCGAAACUCCUCCUAAUGUUGGCGAGGAGGGCCAGGAUCCAAGAGGAAAGGCUCACCCAACCGAAGCUCCCGUUUCGUGGGUUCAGUUGGGUCGGAACAACACGAUGAGCAAUACAUUCACCCUCCCGGGGUACAGGAGGCGAGGUCUUGCUCAGGCGGUGACCCUCGCUUUGGCUGCCCACGUGACCCGGCAGAGUGGCAAGGCGUCGGUCUACGUUAGCGACGAAAACGAGUCUUCUGUCGCCUUCCACAAGCGGCUAGGCUUCACCCGCGAGUGCGCCAUAGGCUGGCAGGCUUUCAGCUAGACAAGCGUUUUGGAGUACAGUUAAAUCAAGAUUUCAGUCUUGCAGUUAAACCAAUUUUUAAUUAUGCAUUAAUGAAACCAAGAUUUGGCAUGCAGUUAACCAAAAUUUCAGUCAUGGAGUCAUCCUUUUAAACCAAGAAGUAAAUCACACACUUUACAAAUAUUUACAGAAUCUCGUAGUUAAUUACACAUAUACCCUUCCUAUUAACCUAAAAUUAGACCCUUUAGCGCAUGUAUCAAAACGCCAUUAAACUUUUUUUUUCUUUUUUCUUUUUUUCAUUAUAUUACGUGCAUCAGAGGAGGCGACUCUGUAAGGAUAGAAUAUUGUAAGGCAAUGCCAAAUGUAAUUAUAUUCAAGGCUCUAUAGGUGUCUUGUUUAAAGUUCUCAUUAGGCACCAUAACUCUGUAACUAUUUUGCACGAUUAUUCUGUAUAAUACAUGUGUUUUUUAUUACUUUGAUUCACAAAUGACUAUCUGACAGUUCGAGGAAUGUAAUCUAACUAAAUUUUGACUAAGCUGCCGUUGAUGGAAUAUUGCCGGUACGCUUUCAUAUAUAUGAUAAAGGUUUCUAGUAAGUGUGAUUCAUUUUGUGUUAGCGUCUUCUCUUAUAUAUAAAUGUGUGUGUGUAUUUAUAAACUGUCAAG